AUGGGCCACUUUCUUGUCCAAGGAUGGUUCCUCGCUGCAGUAUGCCUGCAAACAGGUCUCGCAUGGACUCCCAUUCCUCAAGCUAUUGAGCCAUCUUCUGAGCCAACUUUGGCCCCCAGUUCUACUCCAGUAGCUGGACAUCAUCAUCACCACCACCAUUGGACAUACCCAUCCCGGCCUUUGCCCAGUCGUGCACCAUGCCGCGCUCGCUCCUCAUCGGCGAUUCCUUCUUCGUCUGCCACUCCUUCUUCCAAGGCAAUUGCCUCAUCGUCUAUCGUGGUGGUGGUAGCCUCGUCCAGUGCGAUUGUGUCAUCAUUGCCGACUCCUGCCCCUCAUACAAGACCAAUUCAUAGUGCCUCGCCUCUACCCCAAGGCAGUACUCGCAGGCCUUUGACUCGUCCCAGCUCAAGCAUUGCUUCCUCUGCAAUUAUCUCUACCCCCGUAGGCGCUGCUUCGACUCCCAUUGUCAACACCCUUGUUCAAUCUGGAGUCAUCUCAACCCCCGUGGGCGCUGCUUCCACUCCACUUGCCCAUACCAUUGUUCCCUCUGCACCAAGCUCUGUUCCCUUUGUGUCUCCCCAAUCAAGUGGAUCGUCCCCCCAAGGAACUACUGUUGGAUCUCAAGGUGGCGCUUCUGCUUCUAUUCCUGUGGCCGGAACUUCAGCUGUUCUUUCUGCACCAAGCACCAUUGGUCAAGGCUCUUCUCAAUCAACUGCUCUUUCUCCCAAUGGUGCCACCACCAAGCUUGGAUCAACUGGACCCCAAGACAGCUCCUUUGCUGCUGUUGUUACCUCUACUCCUACACUUUCCGGAGCUGCCCAGUCGACUGUUUCUUCUGGAUUCUCCACAUUGGACUUGACCACUUCAACUGUUCUUUCUACUCGCACUGCCACAAUCACUGCCUGCCCUACUACUGUUCCCAACUGCCCCGCAACGGCCAAGACAACCUUUGUGACCACUGAGACCAUUGUAGUGUCUACCACUAUUUGUCCUGUGAUCGAAGCUGCCGAUGCCACAAAAACCCCGCCCAACCCUGCAUCCAUCACUGGAUCUAGCGAGAACGGCAAAGGAAAUAAUAGCUCAGACCUGACUACCUCCACAGUCUACAGUACUCGCACUGCCACCAUCACCGCAUGCCCGUCCUCGGUGACAAACUGCCCCCUGCGGUCAAAGACUACCUAUCUGACCACUGAGACUCUGGUUGUUUCCACUACUAUUUGCCCUGUGUCAGAGGCUACUGCCACCGGCGCUUCAGCAACAGCCAAGCAGACAUCUCCUGUUGUCACUGGUAUGUCCGGCAAUGGUGCCGACUCAGAGCUUACUACCUCUACCGUAUACGCUACGCACACUGCGACAGUCCUUGCUUGUCCCGAGUCCGUUGCUGACUGUCCUCUGCGGUCAAAGACUUUGUCGGCAACUACCCAGACAGUUGCUGUUGCUACAACAGUUUACUCGGUUGAUUUUGUUCACACUACAGUGCCGGGUGGCUCUGGUGCUGGUGCUGGCUCUGGAUUCAACUCUGGAUAUAACUCUGGAAUUGACUCAAACUCUGGUUCAAGCUCCAGCUCCAGCUCAGCUGGGAACGCAAAUGCAGUCUCUAACGCCGGCUCCGGUGCAGAGGCAGUGCACACCACCACUAUUGCCGUCGAGUCAUGCUCUGAUGACAACACCUGCACUGGAUACAUCAACACCAUUCUGAUGACGCAAACCAGCACUGCUCAAUCUACUGCGGCUCCAACACCGUUUAAGCCUCACUGGAGUACUAGUGUUGGAUCCAACACUGUCUCGGUCCCGAGUAGCCAGUCCAGUGGAAUGACCACCACUACCAUUUCUGCCACUACCGGCGCUGUCAGCCCCGUGUACACUGGAGCUGCAUCUGCCCAGAUCAAGCAGUCUUUCAAAUUAGUCUUGGGCACUGCUAUGGCGGUGUUUGUGGCAGUCCUUGUUUAG